GACUCGCAAGAAAAAACAAAGUUUUAAAAGCUUCAUUUGCUGUCGAAACGCGGACCUGAAAUUACUAAAAAUUAUCAAAAAGUGUAGAGAACCAUUGAAAUUCGCGAUAAAAAUAAAAAUUGUGUAAAAAUUCGUAAAAGUUGUGCGAAUUUCGUGUCUUUACCGGUGACGAAAAAUCUGCGCAUCCGAAGCGUGGGUAAAUAAAAAAGUUGAAUUUUUGACGAUAUCUGCAGCAGAUAGAACAAAUUUUAUAUAAAACAACAUGGAUGGACCUCCAAGAUUUCGUGGAAGAGGCCCACCAAGGGGCGGCAUGAUGCGUGGCGGCGGAAGAGGAAAUCGAGGAGGAGGAUUUAAUGGGCCUCCUGGUCCAAUGAUGGGAGGAUUCAACGGACCUCCGCGACGCGGAUUUGGAGGUCCAGGAGGACCUCGUCCCCCGAUGAGAGGAUUUAUGCCUCGCGGCGGAAGAGGAAUGAAUCGCGGCGGAGGACGUUCUUUCAAUAAUUCUUCAUCGAAUUCUGAUGGGCCACAAGAAAAUGGCAAAUCUUCGACAAAUUCGAAUAAUGUGCAAGUACCGACAACAGGUCCCGCACAAUCGCAAACGACAAGCCCGAAUGCGAACGCAUCGACAAAUCCGAGUACGCAACAAUCAGCGACAGCAGCAGCAACGACAACGGGAUCGGGAGCAACGCCUGCUGCAACCAGCACGAACCAAACUUCGUCGUCGACGUCGCAAAAUCAAUCUGAAUCCAAUAGCGGUGGCGAAAGAUAUCAAGGCAGAGACAGAGAUAGGGACAGAGACAGUAACGGGUAUCGCAGCAGAGACGGAUAUCGCGGAAGAGGAUCUGGUUAUCGAGGAAGAGGCGGAAAUCGCGGCGGCGGCGGAUACAAUUCAGGCGGAGGACCUCCCAUGGGAAACAAUAGUUACGGUCAAAAUUCCUACGGAGGCGGCGGAAAUUAUCGCCAGGGACCUCCCAUGGGCAAUUCUCCGCCAAAUCGUGGUCGAGGCGGAUACAAUCCGAACUUAAGUCGCCCGCAAUACGACACGAGACAACCCUCGAACACGACAACUGUGACACCGAUUAAACGAGGACCUCCCGGAUCGAUGCCAGGAGGACCCGGAGUUGGGCCAAAACGAGGGCGUUACGAUAACGGACCAAAUUCGGGAAUGCGAGGACCUCCGGGAGGAAAUAGAGGACCUCCGCCAACGGGAUAUAAUGGACCUCCGAAUCAAAUGUCGUAUAAUCAGGCGCCGAUGCCGCAUCACGGAGGUUAUUCUGAUCCCGCAAGUCAAGUUCCUGUUGAUCCGUAUGCACAAUCGCAACAUGGAAGUUAUGGAGCUCCCGCGAGUCAAGGAUAUGCUGCUGCGAAUGGUUAUGGUCAGCAAGGAUAUGGCGCGACAGCAGCUGCGGGAUAUGGAACGGGCACGGAAUACGAUCAAAGUCAACAAUAUGCCGAUUAUAGUCAAUCGUAUGGACAACAUGACGCGCGUUAUGCGCAAACAAACUACCAAGCCGACUAUAGUCAGGGAUAUUCGCAAACUGGCGAUUACAGUGCCGUAGCGACAGACCAAUAUGCCCAACCGCAUUACGAUGACAGAUCGGGAACAUAUAACGCAGCAGGAUAUGACGCAUACGGUUAUGGUAAAACAGAUCAGUACUCAGGUCAUGCUGGUUAUUAUUAAACAUAAAAAAAACAAAGAAAAAAAAAAUAAAAAUAAAUCCUUACACAAAAUAUUGAAUGAAUGAAAGAAAGAAAGAGAUCACAGAAAAUUCAACAGAAAAUAAAAGAAAAAGAAAAAUGAUGAAAUAUUGCCAAGCAACUAGAUAAGCAACAACAUCAAGGAUUCAUACCCGAUAAAUAAAUGUAGCAAAAAAAAUCUACAUAAAAAUAUUUCGUUUAAAAUUUUUCAUCGUAAGUGUUCAAAACUAAAAAAAAAAAUUGUAUGUAAGAAAAAUAAAGUAUAAAAAAAUUAAUCAUUGAAAAAUACAAAAAAAAAAAAUAAAUAAAAAAAUAUUCAUUAUUAUUUUAUUCGGGAACGUACAUAAUUAAGCAAAAAAUAUUAAAAAAAAAUAAUAUUAAUAAAAUAAAAAAAAAACGUAGCAUUUUAGUUUUAAAUCCAUAAUAAUUUUAAGAUUCCUGAAAGAACUUUGAGU